AAUAAUAAGUCCAUUUAGAAUAAAAUAAUAAUAAUAAAAAAGUUCAGUUUCUGGAUUCGUAUUAAUUGUCAUUGUCACCACCAUGGCCAUUACCGGCAGCAGCAAGGCAAUUUAUACUAUACUUAAAUUAGUUUUGUUAUGUUGUCUGGUCAGUGGUGUGGCAUGUCGGAAGGACAGAAUUCUCAGCGGAGGUAGUGAUGGUGGUAAAGGUAGUGGUGGUAAAGGUGGUGGUGAUGAUGGAGGUAAGGGUAAAGGUGGUGGCGAUGAUGGAGGUAAGGGUAAAGGUAGUGGUGAUGAUGGAGGUAGUGGUAAAGCUGGUGGAGCUGCUGCUGCUGGACCUGCUGCCGGUGGAGCUGCUGCUGCUGGACCUGCUGCCGGUGGAGCUGCUGCCGUUGGUGCUGCUGCCGGUGGAGGUGGUGCUGGUGGAGUUUUCGAUGUUACUACUUUUGGCGCCAAGGCCGACGAUCACUCAGAUAGUUCAGCUUCAUUUAUAAAAGCUUGGAGGGCCGCAUGCGAUUCAGGAGCUGCGGGCGCGAAGAUGCUUAUCCCAGCAGGGAAGUUCGUGACAGGGCCAGUGGUGUUUGAAGGACCAUGCAAAGGAAAAGUGACUUUUGAGCUUCAAGGUUAUGUAAAAGCCACAACUGAUCUCAGCGAAUACACUGCACCAAAUUGGAUCUCAUUUGAAAACAUAGACGGUCUAACUGUGAUCGGUGGUGGCACAUUCGACGGCCAAGGAGCCGCUUCUUGGAAAUUCAAUGCGGGUGGUGGUGGAAAUCUUCCUGAUUCACUGAAGUUUUUUAAAGUGGAUAAUUCUGAUAUAUCCGGAAUCACAUCUCUCAAUAGCAAAUAUUUUCACUAUCAUGUCGUAUCCUGCAAAAGCAUCAACUUCCACGACCUCAAAAUUACUGCUCCUGGUGACAGCCCUAACACCGAUGGCAUGCAUAUAAGCAGUUCUAGCGGCGUCAAAGUUACCAACUCCGCUAUUGGCACCGGUGAUGAUUGUGUCUCUAUUGGACAAGGCGCCACUGAUGUUAGCGUUAGCAAAGUCACCUGUGGCCCUGGACAUGGCUUCAGUGUUGGAAGUCUUGGAAAGGAAAAAAAUGAGCUAGAUGUGAGCGGUAUUACCGUGAGCGACUGUACACUCACUGGCACUACAAAUGGAGCUAGAAUCAAAACAUAUGCUGGAUCAGCGCCCAGCGCCGCUAGUAACAUCAUUUUUGAUAAUCUUGUCAUGAAUAAUGUAGAAAACCCCAUAAUCAUCGAUCAAUUUUAUGGUUCCAACAGCAAGCAGCCAUCGCAGGUGAAGCUGAGCGACAUUCAUUUCACGAACAUUAAGGGGACUUCCGCAACACCGGAAGCAGUGACCUUAAAGUGCAGUUCAGCCGCUCCUUGUGCUCAAGUUGAACUUACUAACAUUAAUUUAACCCAUGGAGGCGGUUCAGGGACAGCAUCUUGUUCAAAUGCAAAAGUUGUAGGAAAAUCGAGUCCAGUAACUUGUUCUACUUAGCCAUAUUCAUUCUUAUUUUUCAUUAUAAAUUCAUUUUUUUUGUUGAGCUAAUUGCUUCUGUCGCCAUUUUCGGGUAAUCACAUCGGAGCUUUAGGGAUUAUUUAGAGCCUGAAGCUUCUGUAAUUGGGUGACAUAGCAAUCAAAAAAUUAAUUCUCAUCUAUUGUAUUAUACUAAUUUAUAUAUAUAAUUGAUUUGUAUUUGCUUGCUGAGAAAUUAAACAACAAAUUUAAAUCAGAAUAUUUCAAUUUAGUUUCAUUUUA